AGCGCGAGUGGUCGGUCGUGUCGCGUCGCCGCGGUGUAAGUUUUCGUUUGUUGGUCCGAGUGUUCACGCCGUAGUGAUCUAGUAACAUCGAAUGCAUGCGAUCGCUCCAUCGACUUUGGAUACGUCGCACAAAGGUUGCUCUGUGGUGCAAUAGAGAAUGCGGCCAGGGAUUUCGGAGGUGCUCCGUGUCGAGAGCUGAAGGCGCCAUGGCGUGGACCUUGGCCGUUCUGCUCACACUGGCCGUGGGGCUGGGACACGUGGCCGGCGCUCACUGGACCCACUCCACAGAUCUGGAUCCGAACUACUCAGUGUUCUGGACUCCCGGUGAAGAGGCCAUCACGUUCGAGGUUCAAGUGCGGACCCUGGGAUAUGUCGGGUUCGGCUUCUCAGCGGAUGGACAGAUGCCAGGAGCCGACAUUGUCACCGGAUGGGUUCGCGACAACCAGGUCUUCUUCCAGGUAGGGACCUACUGA